UUUCAAAAUUGUCACUUAUCUCUACAAAUUUUAUGUGUGAAACAAUAAGUCAACUCUUCAACUGGCUCGAUCUGCUCCUGAUUUUAUUAAUUAUUUUAUUAGAGGUUGUUGAAUAUGCACGUUAUUUGGCUUCUUCAACUGGACAUUUAUCACAAUUUCUAACAUUCAAAAUCCAUAAUUCUACUCAAACGAAAUUCACUAUUCAGAGCCCCAAAUCUAAUCACAGUAAACACCGCCGGAUUCCGCCGCGCCGUUGCUCGCUCGGCGCCACCGCCUCCUUCCGUCGCCAGCAGCCCAGUUCAAAGGUAUCAAACUCUACCGUAAUCAAAUCACUCUCAGUUGGCAAGACGAGCGAAGACAAGGAGAGAGGGAGGAUUGAAUCGCAAAUUUUAGAUAAGAAAAUUUGCAAAGGAUAGUUGGACAGACCAGCGGGGAAGAUUGAAUCGGAAAGUCGAUCUAGACGAACAAAGUUAAGGAGAAAGGAAGAAUUGAUUUGGAAAGUCAAUCUAGACGAGCAAAGAUAUGAUAGAGAAAAUCUACGAACCGCCUAUGAUCGUAUUAAGGCCAUCUGCUCGAAGUCGAACCAUGUCGGAGGCCCUCCUCAUAUCGGUGAUACAGAAGCUGAACAUUAGUUAUAUAGAGUACAUGAUACCAAAUCAUUUUAUUGAUUGGGUAAUUAAAGAGGUGAGAGAGAUUGCGGAUAUUGUGAGGGAUAAGAAAUUAGAAGACGGGAGAAGACUAAAUUUUUUGGUAUCUGACAUUGUCAGCAUGGCUGAGCAUGCCCUCGACAUUUAUAAACAAGAUGGAACCAAUUAUAGUACUGCUUCCUUACGACCUUGGAUAGAACUGAUCAAACAACAGAUGCUUAAACUGGGAGAUGAUGAGGCAGAGAUGGAGUCCAACAUGAGAUCACCUGAAAAUGUUGAAGAUGACAUGAAAUAUGUGGUGGGAUUGGAGGAAGAUGUGCAAAUGCUGCUUCGCAAAAGGAUUAUUGGUGGGUUCAAUAUGACUGUUCUUAUCACAGGCAUGUCUGGUAUUGGAAAGACAACUCUUGCGAGAGAGAUAUACAACCAUCCAACCGUCAUUGAGCGAUUCAAGGGUCGUCUUUGGGUAUCUAAUUAUUGUUAAAACAUGUUAUCAUCAUAGAAGAGAGAAUUUGUUUCUUGAAUAUUGUUCUUGUAUUUCUUGUUUUUUUCUGCUGAUACAAU